AUGCACGAAGCUUACGAAGUAUUCCACUUGCUCAAUGCAACCGUUCAAAUAGAAACUAUAGCUGCGUAUGAUAACAAUUUAUUAUUGGGAACAAGACAAGGUCACUUAUUGAUGUAUUCAUUGUCUAUGGCAAAUGGCAAUCAAAAAUAUGAGUUGCAGCUACUCCGUUAUUGUAAAAAUUUUAGCAAAAAGCCCAUUCAACAAAUUGAAGUGAUACCUGAAGACAACUUGUUGCUAUGCCUAACUGAUAAUGUACUUUCAACAUACAACAUGAAUGGUGUUAAUUUUCCUAUUGUCAAGACAUUUGAACAAACUAAAGGUGCUUCUUUAUUUGCAUUGGACAAUAAGUCCACAACAUUGAUGUCUGGCGAAUCAAAAUCUCUUGUACGCCUUUGUGUUGCUGUGAGACGAAAAUUGCAGCUGUACCAAGGAAUAAACGGAGAAUUGAAACAGCAUUUGUAUGAGUUCACCAUUCCAGAUGUGCCAAAAGUUAUGGCAUGGGGUCAGCAAUACCUAUUUGUCGGAUUUAAAUCCGAAUAUGUGCUGUAUGAUCUUUCUUCCGGUAAUCCUAAAGAGUUAUUCCCGACAAGCAGUUCAAAGGAACCUACAAUAGCUAAAUACUCGGAAACUUCCUUUCUACUCGGCCGUGAUCAAUCGUCUGUACUCGUAGAAGAAAGCAAAGAUCCUAAAGAUGAAACAGAUCCUAAAAAGAAAACCAAAGAUAUUGAUAUUAAGAACACUAUUAAAUGGUCUGAGGCACCUAUGGCUGUUGUGUGGGACGAGCCAUUUGUAUUAGGUCUGUUGGCAGAUCAAGUUGUUGUACAAACGGUCGAGCCAACAUUGUUCAUACAAACAUUACCUGAGCUAAAGCAAGCAAGACUUAUGUAUAGGUGUAAGCGUGGAUUGAUAUUUGUGUCAUCAGUGGGCCAAGUAUGGUGUCUCAGUUCUGUGGAUGUGACAAAACAAAUAAAGCAGUUACUAAAAGACAAGCAGUUCCAGAUAGCCAUUGACUUGACGAGCUUGUCAGAAUGUACGCUGGAAGAAAAGAAACAGAAAAUACAUUCUAUUCAAGUUCUACAUGCGCUAGAACUUUUUGAUAUGAAAAAAUAUUCACAAUCUAUGGCCGAGUUUAUUAAAUUGAAUACCGACCCUGCCGAUGUCAUCAAACUGUUUCCAGAACUUGACAGCAAAUCGAAUGGUGAGAAAGUGGAAGCGAAUAAAUUAAAAGGCAAAGAUCUAGAGAGUGCUUUGAACGCUUUGAUAGAAUAUUUAGUAAAACUGAGAGCGAAUAUAUUGAAGGCUUCAGAGAAACCGGCCAGUAGUCAGACGGACACGGGCAACGGGAGCCAGAGAAAUGUUACGCAGCAGUUAGAGUUGAUAGACACCACUCUCUUGAAAUGCUACUUGCAGACAAACGACGCAUUUGUUGCCCCGCUCCUACGGCUAAACAAUUGCCGGUUAGAAGAAGCUGAAAAAACCCUCUUACAUCAUGGCAAAUAUAGCGAAUUGAUAAUAUUGUACCAGAUGAAGGGACAACAUAUGAAAGCUCUACAGCUGCUGAGAGAACAGUCGAAGCAGCCAGAUUCCUCCUUAGAAGGUUACCGAGGAACAAAAAAUUACUUGCAGCAACUGGGUGCAGAACACAUAAAUUUAAUAUUUAAAUUCUCAGAUUGGAUACUUAAAGAGCAUCCGGAGGAAGGCUUGAAAAUAUUUACUGAAGACAUAGAAGUAGUUGAAAAAUUGCCCCGUCCAAAAAUAUUAGAUUUCCUGCUCAGAGAACAUGAACCUUUAGUGAUACCAUACUUGGAACACGUCAUACACACUUGGAACGAUACUGACUCAUUAUUCCAUGACGCUCUAAUUAACAGGUACAGAGAUAAAAUAACAUCAAAAAAUACCAAUGUUACUGACGAAGAGGUUCAACAUACAAAGUCGAAAUUGCUUACAUUUCUAGAAAAGUCUAUACAUUAUACUACUGAAAGAGUGUUAUUGCAUUUUCCUACAGAUAGUUUGUUCGAAGAGAGAGCUAUCAUGUUAGGAAAACUUGGAAGACACGAACAAGCACUCGCUAUAUACAUAUUAAUCUUAGGCGAUGUAGAUAGAGCUAUACGCUACUGUGAAAACGUAAGCAGAGCUGCGAGUCAUAAACACCAAGAUGUAUACGUUAUUUUAAUGCGGAUCUUGAUGAAUCCCGAUCAGAGUUCGUCUCUCAAUGGACCCCUGGCCAAUGUUCCUAGACAUCCCAAGACGUCUGUAGCGGACUUAGAAACUGCAUUAAAUGUACUAGAGAAGCAUGCUGAUAAAAUUUCACCAUUAAAAGCGUUAUCAGUGUUGCCAGAUUCUGUGCCUCUGAGUCGUUUGAAACAUUUCUUAGAGAGCGCACUCGAUGGCCAACUCACUUUAAAGCGACGUAUGCAGAUUCUUAAAGGACUUUUAUACGCUGAACACACACAGAUACAAGAGCUGAAGCAAUUCCACGAAUCGAAGAGCGUAAUAAUAAACGACUACAACGUAUGUCCUGUGUGUAAAAAGCGUUUCGGUAACCAGAGCGCUUUUGUAAGAUACCCUAACGGUGAUAUCGUACAUUACUCGUGUAAACUCGACAAGUAG